GCACCAAAACAAUGACAGAGUGAACAUCUGAUUAGCAAGCAGCUCGGAGGACUUUAAAAAGGGAACAGUCCGACACAGAGAGACAGAGGACUACCACAAUUGUGAAACUGACAAGCUCAUCAGACAGCAUCAGGAAAACCGUUUGAGGCCAACAACAGUACCUCAUCAAAAUGGCAGACGUCGCCGUUGCAGUUCCCGCCGACAGGAAGGCCCCUCCCAAAUUCAAGCAGAGGACCGGUCGCACCUUCAAGAGCAAGGCCCCUAAACCAGGCCAGAAGGGAUUCGGAGACGACAUCCCCGGCAUGGAGGGUCUUGGCACAGACAUCACGGUGGUGUGCCCAUGGGAAGCCUUUGGCGACAUGGAGCUCAGCGACCUGGCGAAAUAUGGAAUUGUUUAGCCCUCUGUCCUCCACCUUUAGCCCUAUCGCCACUCUAGUCCCUCAUGUAUCCCCACUGUUGAUGAAGUGUGCUUUAGAGUGGACGCAGCCCAUUAUGAUUUCAAGUUUUGACCUGAAAAAAGAACCAGCACUCUUUCUUGCCUAACGCACUUUAUUUGCCCCUGUCUUUCCACCAAUUCUCCAUCGUCCCUUUCAACUUUUUUCACCUCUCUCACCACUCUUUCCCCUCCCACACUUUUCUCUACUCUUCCCUCUCAAAAUGAAUGGUACCAACAGCCCUGGACUUGUACCCUUCCCAAUGGAAUAUAUUGUUACAGUAUAUUUUUGGGGUUAGGGUUCGGUAUCUGUUAUUGUAACCCAGUACUGUUCUACCUAUGUUUCCACUUCUUCUCCUCAAAGCUGCUGAUUCAACUAUUUUGUCUACCAAUUAAAUGAGAUUGUAAUUAUUUGUUUCACUUUAUAACUCAGUGAAAAUGUAACCCUGUCUAUUUUGUAGAGAGGAACGAUUCCAUGAACACAAUAAAUGUUCAUAUUUUCCAUAGAA